CCCGUGAGGAAUUCUCUCGUUCGGGCUGGAAUGUAGGAGCUGAGCGAGGCUUUUCCAGAUCGCUUUCCUGACGCGAGCGGCGCCUGGUCGGCUCCUGCUUUCUCCCCUUGCGGGCGAUGGCUACCUCGGAGCGGCAACCCGGGACCUCUCCACACCGGGACUCGUGGCGUCAGACCGUUCUCCUCCUGAGGAAGAUGCGCUCCGAUGUCAGCAGCCUCCUGGAAUGCUACGCUGAGAAGCAAGAUCUGGUACAACCCUUCAACUUUGAGUUGAUCGAUGUUGAUUUGAUCGAUGGAGUACCGCUAGCUGAUGUUGAAGAAUGGAGUGAGAUUUCAGAUGCUGAGCGUCUGGGGAGCAACUUACAAGCUUAUUGGGCAUUUCAGAUUCUAUUGGAUCAAAUCUUGGAAGAGCAGAGAACUGAUUUAACCCCAGAGGAUGUAGCUUUCCAUGAAUCUAUCCAAUCAGUUUUGCUGCAAGUUUCUGCUUUAGCUUACCAACUGGAGGAGCUGAUGGUAAUGCUGAAGCACAAUGUGCCAGCUAAAGAGGUGAAAAAUACAAAAAACCCUGAUGAAAACAGCUUAUUUGAAAGGAAAAUAAGGGGCAUGAAGGUGCUACAGGAGCUUGCCCAAUGGACCGUCAGGUCAGUCCGAGACCUUCGCAAAAUCUCUACAUCUGUUCAGGUAUCACCCACCACUGAGAGUGACAGCCUGACUCAGGCCCAGGAAAAAUAAGGAUUCUGUUGGAUUCUUAAAGCUUCUUUAAAACAAUGUCUCUCCCUCGUUUAUGGUAUUUAGAUUGAAGCAGUAUGGCCAGUCUGAGCAUGCGGAGAAGAUUGGAAUGAGUUCUCCUCCCAUCCAUAUUAGUCUAUACAGGAUGCAGCCCAUUCCUGAGUGGUGAAGAAUUUCAAGAGUACCAAUGCUACUUGGUGACUCUAGGCUUGUAGUGUUGUUGUGCUAUAAGGUUUAUUUGCAAAUAGAUGCAGGCUGAGCACCAGAUGAGUAUUCAUACUAUUAACACUCCAAUGGAUUCCUGUUUCCUGGGAGUUCUGCCAGGAAACUCUCGUUGCCUCUGUCUAGUUCCAGUCUAGACUAAUUCUGUGCUUCGUACAUACCAUUCACUAAUCUCCUCCCCGUGAUUCUUCAAGGAGGAAAGACCCAUCCUCUUCCAUUGCAAAGUCAUUGCCAGUGUGUUUCUGGUUGCCUUCUUCUUUGCUGAGAACUUAAGCAUGACUAGCAACAGCCCCUAUGCUAGCUUUUAAGGGCCACUGCCUUGGGGCAGUUAUUUUCCAAGUAUGGUCCAGGAAGGUCCAUGUGGUAGUGUGUUGCAACCUCCCCAUGCCCCUUCAGCCCAGUGGUGUACCUAGCAUGCCUGAUGCCCAAAGCAGAUAAUUUUAACCACCUCCCUCCUCUCUCACCAAGAAGUACUUUGGUGUAGGGUCCUGUCAUAAGCAUGAAGCCAGCUGGGCCACUCACUCUGUCGUACCCUUAGGGAGAAAGCAAUGGCAAACCACUUCUGAAAAUGUUGUAAAGGGAACUUGUCAGAGUCAAGUCUGACUUUAAGGCACACCCUUUUCCUUCAUCACUGCUGCACCUGCCAAUUGUUAUUCAGCAGAUUAGCAUGUUGGAACGGUAACCCAGAUCCACACCUGCAGCUUGCCUCCUUGUCAUCUUUGGCAGCCCUCCCCUUGUGUCUUACCUGGGGGAGAGAGUGGGUCAUUCUCCCACCCUUUCCAUAGUAUUGUUUCAGCCAGGCUUCUGUCUAGUUGAGUGGUCAGUUGACUUUAAUCAAUGUGUGGAUGGGUGGAAAAGGUCAGAUUUGCCUUGACAAGCCACUCAUCGGAGUCAACUUUCUACUUAGCUGCUGCCUCAAGUAAUAAAAAAAAUACCUGAUUUUUGGAUUACAUUUUUGGUACAAAUUUAACUUUUAAGAGGCCUUUACAGUAAAAAUGCAGGGGAUGGGAAAUAAUACAAUUAUAUAACCAUAAUUUUAUUUGUCAAAAAAGGCAAGGUUCCAUAUUCUUAAGGACAAAAGCAUAAGGAGUCUUUGUUUAAUUGGAUGAUUAUCACAUGUUCUCUGAAUUGUUUCUUCAGAUGGCCAUGAUUUCAGAAAGUCUGAGAAACACAGCCCUAGGGCAACCAUACUGAGGCCCUCUUAAAGAAAGCCUUUAAGCCUCCCUCAACAGUUACAAGCAGAGUUCAAGUUUCCACAGUGAUGAGCCACAGUGGCACAGUGGUUAGAGUGCAGUACUGCAGGCUACUUCUGCUGACUGUAAUUUGGCAGUUCAAAUCUCACCAGGCUCAAGGUUGACUCAGCCUUCCAUCCUUUCGAGGUGGGUAAAAUGAGGACCCAAAUUGUUGGGGACAAUAUGCUGACUCUGCAAACCACUUAGGGAGGGCUAGAAAGCAUUGUAAAGUGAUAUAUGUAAGUCUAAGUGCUAUCCUGUGAAACCUUAAAGUGGUUCAUUAGAUUUUGGUUUAGCAAGUUGUGUAAAUAAGCCAUUGUAGUUUAUAAGGUUUUCCCAAUAGCAUUUGAACCUACCAAUUGUGGACUAGUUAAUAAACCAUGAUUAAACAAACUGUGAUUAAAUAGGAAGGAAUUGGAUUCAGAUUAAUCAUCUUUUAUUUUCAUUGCGUAAUUUCUUUUUUUGAAAGUUCAAAAGCAGAUAAAUUUAGUUUAGUUUACUUUGCACCUCAUACAACGAAAUUAAAUGCAAUCUUCAGUGUACACCAUACAUAAGAAAACUAUAAAAAUAAAACAAAAACACACAUCCUUCACAUUCUAUAAAAUUGAAUUGAAAACCCCUGAUGCUGCAUUAAUAUUACACUACACAGUAGAAUUCAAUAUAGUUAUUGCUCUGCUCAGUCUAUUUGUCCUUGUUUUUAUUGUAAAGAGCAAAAAGUAAAGUCCUUUUCUUAAGGUGGAAGAAUACAGAUUAAUGCUAUUAUUGAAGCCAAAAUGAUCAAAGUAUAUAGUUACAUUUCUUUUUUUUUUCCAUUUAGCUAUCCUAAAUGCAUAACACAAUAGUGCCAAGGUUGGCAUUCAGGAAUGUUCCUUUGGGUCUCUCCUUUCCAUUCUCAUCAGCAAUAGGCCAUGGUGCUCAAAUGGGGCACAAAAGAAAUAGGUGUAUUUUUAAGGAUAUUAAAUCAUUCCAAAUUCUAGUAUUUAGUAUGAAGGAAUUUGGCCAAGAAAUCAUUUCUCUAAGUUUAUAUGCAGAUCAGUUUCAGAAAACUAUAACAAAAUAAAUAGGAUUCUAUAAUAUUUAUAACUCUACAUGCUUAAAUCUGAAAAACCAAUGGAAGUAUGUAGUAUAGGAUUGAGGGCUGUUUUUCUUUUUGGGGCAGAAAUCUUUAUUCGGUGACCUUAGACAAAUAUAGGAUUAAGUAACAACACUGAUGCAGUGCAAAAACUGAUAGACAUUAUUUUGUAUGGUCAAAAUUAAAACAAAUUAUUUUAAAAUAGGCUGUUCUGUAAUAUAAUAUAUUUGUGGGUAUGUUUUUUUUUUCCACAUAUAAAAUAAAUAAGCAAAAAAAUCAUUAAGCAAAAAAUUUCAGUUCUACGAACACGAUCAACCUUAAUUUGGAGAAAUUAAGCAUUUGGUGACAGAAAAGAGAGGAAGAAUAGAAAGAAUGUGAAUAGAGAACUGUAAUAAAGGCUAUAGCAGUUUUGCAUUUGUAUUGUACUUCCAAGCAACCAUCUAUUUCAUUGCUCAAGUCUUCUGAUUUCCAGAUUAAAAUGAAGACGCAAUAAUUGGCCUGUACUGACAAUACAGGAAUGUACUGGUUAUUUUAGGACACAAUGGGCAUGAUUAUGUCAUGGGAAGUCUGCAGCACUGGCACCCAAUUGAUGGGCAAACAGAAAGGUGUCCUUCCUGGCAACAGAAUGAGCAUCAAGAUGACUCAGCUAAUCAGGGUUAAUUUGCUGGCCAGUGAGAAGUGCACUGUCUGUGCGCUCAAUUUUGCUUUGGGGAUAAAAAAUCUCCUUUCUCUGGAAAAUGUUUUUUUUUAAAAAAAAAAUUAAUCUCAUGACAGUGGAAAGCUUUUUAGGUUGCCAUCUUUAGCCACUUUACUCAUUUCUAAUGUGCAUCAUCAUAUUGGGAGACUACAGAUUGGGAAGUAGGGCAUCUCCUCCAUAAUGUCUGCUUGGAAUGCCCUAUACCAGUGAUGGCUAACCUUUUUGCCGUCGCGUGCCAAAAGCGGGGGGAUUGUGGGGGGGGGCGUGCCCACACCCAUAAUUCAAUGUGCCCCACCCACCCCGUGCAUGCAUGCGGGACCCCUCCCCCACUCCCCCCGCUUUUGGCACAGUGGGCACGGUAGGCCCAUUUUUUGCCCUCUCCAGGCUCCAGAGGCUUUUUUGGAGCCAGGGGAGGGCGAAAACAGCCUUCCCCACCCCCCCCGGAGGCCCUCAGAGGCCGGAAAUGGCUAGUUUCCCAACUUCCGGUGAGCCCAGAAGGUUAGAAAAUCAGCUGGCCGGUGCGCACAUGCGCGCUGGAGCUGAGCUAGGGCAACACUUGCGUGCCCACAGAUAUGGCUCCACGUGCCACCUGUGGCAGGCGUGCCAUAGGUUCGCCAUCACGGCCCUAUACCGUAAUGCUCAGCAACAUUGGAAAUGGGAGCUCCUUCUUUGACAAGACCUGUCAGGUUACAGCAGAAGAUUCCGGAAUAUAGAACUAUAAUAAGGCUCUGGAAUGACACAAAAUGACUGCUAGAGGAAGGAGUAACUAUUUUAUCUAUGAUGGUGACAGUGUCUGCCUCCUUCCCACCCCACCCCACCCCAAAAAUUUGGAAAAGCGUUUAGUUUUCUGGGGAGUGUAAUUCCCUUAAAUUUUGUGAGUUGUUUGCUACUGUGAAUAAUGAUUGUGAAGGAAAGCCAAGUUGCAUGAAAAACCACUCUCUGAAUAGUUGUCCUCAUUGCAAAUAGUGAUUUAAAUUUAUAUUCCCUUCAUUGUCAUGAAGGUGAACAUCCAAAAUCAGGACAAUGGAAUAGAUUUUGUACAAAAUUUGUCAAAAGUAAGACUCCUCACUCCCACAUUGUUGGGUGUGUAGGAUAGGGGGGAAGGAGCAAACAAUUCUAUUUAUUUUUCCGUAAAAGCUCUGGUCAUCUAAGCUAUGGAUGGGGGAGCUUGGGGGAGGGGAUCACUGGUUCCUACGUACAAUUUAUACUUAAUGUUCUUUCAUUGGGUUGAAUCCAGAUUUGCUCUUCUCUUAAUGAAAGAUACUUUGGCUCAGAUUCUGCUGAAGCUCCCACUAAAAAAAAUUGAGAGAAUUUUUUUUUUUAAGUUCCCCUUUUAUAGUCUUCAAAGCUGCCUCCCAUAUGAUUUUGAAAUGAUCCCACAAUCUUCCAGAAAAGAUUUCCAGCCAACCUAGAGAGGAAGAUGGAUAAGGAACUGAUGAUAAGUACUCCUCCUUCUUCUGCCAGUAGGAAUACCCAGUUUCAGAAUUGUGAAAUUGGCAGAUCUAGAACCUGUACAUUGAAGAAACAUGAGAAAUAAUUAUUUUUUUCCAUAAUGGUGUCUGCCUUAUCUCUAUACUAACUUGAAUGUUUAUUUAUCCUCUUUUAAAACAAUGUGAAGUGCUUCAUUUGGCAUGCUUGUUCAGCUACUGAAAUAUGCAAAAUAUGUGAAAUGUAAUCAUUAUGAGUGAUUCCUUAUUUUUGUACUGUGAGCUAAAUUUCUGAUAGAAGAAAAUGUCUAAUAAAUGUUAAAUGUGGUAUCUUUGAUUAAUGGAAAUAAUACUGACAGAUUUCACUUGUAACAUAAAGAUAUAACUAGUUUGAUUGGUUAAAAUAAAUACUGGUAUUUUAUUAAAAUAUUAAAGAGGAUACUGUAUGAUCAAGUAGCACAUUAUUUUAAAUUAAUUAUAUUCAGCUCUAUCAAUAAUUGCCUGUAGAAAAAAAUUCCUUCUCUCUCUUCAGCUCUUAUUGCUCUACUCAAAUCUGUGGUGAUUCAAGAGAAGAGGAGAGGCUGGAGAACUUCCCUUUCCCAAAAGGAAAGUAAUUAAUGUUUGGAUACUGCUGAAUGCAUUUCUUUUCAUUGGGGUAUGCUAAAAAUUGUGGAAAGCAAAUGUCACCUUAGAAGAGGCAUUCUGCUUUUACAUGCACUGGAAGGAAUGCCUCUUCUCAGACUAUGCUAGCUGUGGCACAUUUGUGUGUCAAUGGAUGUUUUGUUUUGUCUCAGAGUGAUAGUUUCAUAGAUAUGGAAAUUUACUUCGUGAUUAACUCGUAUUAUCAAAAAGGUUUUAUUUGGACAAAUCAGAGAGCUAUUUAUCGAAUUAUAUUGAAAAUUGUUCAGAGAUUUAAAAAAAAAUAAAGCGUGUUAUUUUAAAGCAAA